AUGUCCGCGAACCUGCGAUCGCGCAAGAACGCCAACGGCAACGGUAACGACGCCAACGGCAACGGUAACGGCGCCAACGGCCACACCAAUGGCGAGGACAAGGCGUCCAAGGGCACCGUGCUCUCGUACGCCAUCCCCACCGAGUAUGGACAGGCCAUGGACCGGAAACUCGACACUCACCAGUCAUACGAGUUUGGUGGGCCGGUCGGCGUCGCUGCUAUGAUGAUUGGGUUCCCGAUUCUUAUGUACUACCUCUUCGUGUGCCUGUGGUACUACGACGGCAAGAUGGUGCACCCCACCUCGGUCGAUGACAUUGUCCCCUUCCUCGAGCGCAUGUGGGCACACAUCAAGGUCGGCGCAUACCCCACCAAGUUUGCUUGGGGAACGUACCUCGGCUUGACGGCGAUCCAGCUCUUCUUCGCCUGGGUCAUGCCCGGCGUCGAGCAGAACGGCCUUCCCGUUCCGUCGCUCGACUACGCCGUCCUGCCUUACAGGUGCAACGCCCUCGCAUCGUGGUACACCACCCUCGUCCUCGCCGGUGUUCUUCACGUCACCGGCAUCUACCGCCUGCCGUGGAUCAUUGAGAACUACGGCGGCAUCAUGACCGUGGCCAUCGCGACCUCGUUCACCGUCUCAGCCGUGAUUGAGAUCCUCGGUCGCACUGUGCACUAUGGCGGCGCGCCGCUGCGCAUGUCCGGCGUCUGGGUGUACGACCACUUUAUGGGUGUUUCGCUCAACCCCCGCCUCGGCCCUAUCGACCUCAAGAUGUUCGCAGAGGUUCGCGUUCCCUGGGUUCUCCUCUUCCUCAUGGCGCUCUCGGGCACCGUCAAGCAGUACGAGGACCUCGGCUACGUCACCUACAACAUGUUCCACAUGCUCCUUGCGACGGCGCUUUACAUCAACGCCUGCGCCAAGGGCGAGGAGCUCAUCCCCCAGACCUGGGACAUGUUCCACGAGAAGUUUGGCUGGAUGCUCAUCUUCUGGAACAUGGCCGGCGUCCCCUUCACCUACUGCUACCCGGUCAUUUACAUGACUCGCUCCGACCCGUCGACGUACGCCUUCCCCCUCUGGGGCAAGAUCCUCAUGUUCGUGACCCUCCUCACGGGCUACUACAUCUUUGACUCGUCGAUGGCCCAGAAGUCGGCCUUUAAGCUCCAGCAGCAGGGCCAUUUCAAGCCCCGCGGAGCAUUCCCCACGGUCCCUUGGAGCGUGGUCGAGGACCCCAAGUUUAUCCAGACCAAGCACGGCAACAAGCUCCUCACCGACGGAUGGUGGCAGUACGCCCGCAAGAUCAACUACACUGCCGACUGGUGCCAGGCCUUUACGUGGGGCGCUACUGCCGGCUUCAACACGCCCAUCACCAUGUUCUACCCCGUCUUCUUCCUCGCCGUCCUCACCCACCGCUGCGGACGUGACUUUGAGAAGUGCGCCGCCAAGUAUGGCGACGACUGGGACGAGUACUGCAAAAUCGUCAAGUGGCGCUUCAUCCCGUACAUCUACUAA